AUGCUCGUCGUCCCAUUGUUGCCACUCGCUGUCGCCGCUGGCGUUGUCGUCGCCUCCGACGUCCAGCAGCACUUUUCAUUCCUCAGCCCUACGCUCGACUUUGCGGGGGAUUGGGAGACAAACAAUCUCAACGCGUUUACCCAAGGCGGCAACGUGUCUGUCGCCGUCGCCGGAUCGGGCAUCACGUUUAUGGCCAUGUCGGACGUAAUGUCUAUCCUCGUCAACGGAUCCCAGCCCGCUAUACCCACGAACAUCUCGAAAGAGUACGCUGAGAUCAGCCACCUGCCCUACGGGUGGUACGAGUUUACGCUCGUCUCGAAAGGGAACUGCACGUUCAAGUCCGUGCGCGCCAUUAGUGAUGGGGAAAGAUGGGCAGUCAAUGACACGGAACCGGUCAAUGUCGUCAAUGCCUCGAGCGUCACGACCACGGGCGAAUGGAACAAGGGCACCAAUCGCUUCAGCACCAAUUCGACAGACGCGGGACUGCACAUUGACGUGCCCAUUGGGACAACCAUGGUCGAACUCCUCGUCGACGUGCCUUCGGCGCCGUUUGGUGGCUUCGACGUGUGCAUCUCCCCGCCGCCACCGCUCAGCCCCGCCUUCGAGACCUUCAUGCCCAACCUCCAGCCAGCCGACAUUCAGCUCAUGAUCGGUCAGCUGAACGUGCCGGUAUACAGCGUGCUUCUGGAUCCGGGGGCCAAAUACUCGGUCUCCAUAUCCAUUACGAGCACCAAUCUCUGGGCCGUCAGUAACGUCAAGUUCUAUCCGUGA